AUGCAAGCGUUAAAAUGUGUUGUCGUCGGCGAUGGUGCCGUAGGUAAAACAUGUUUGUUAAUAUCAUAUACAACGAAUACAUUUCCGGGUGAAUAUAUUCCAACAGUGUUCGAUAACUACUCUGCGAAUGUUAUGGUGGAUGGAAAACCGAUCAAUCUCGGUUUGUGGGAUACGGCUGGCCAAGAAGACUACGAUCGACUCCGUCCAUUAUCUUAUCCGCAAACGGAUGUUUUUAUCAUUUGCUUUUCUCUUGUAAGCCCUGCUUCAUUCGAAAACGUUCGAGCUAAAUGGUACCCAGAAGUGAAUCACCAUUGUCCACAAACACCCAUCAUUCUCGUUGGUACUAAACUCGACUUACGUGAUGAUAAAAAUAUGAUCGACAAACUUCGAGAGAAGAAACUAUCACCCAUAUCAACGUUGCAAGGCGAAUCCAUGCGUAAAGAAAUAGGUGCUGUAAAAUAUCUCGAAUGUUCGGCAUUAACACAAAAAGGUCUAAAGACAGUGUUCGACGAAGCAAUACGUGCACAUUUAUGUCCGAAACCUAAAGCAAAAAAGAAAGGAUGUACUCUUCUUUAA